AUGGAAGUGGUGCAAAGAGGCGUGCACAUUAUGGUGGCAACACCAGGAAGGCUCAUGGACAUGCUAGAUAAGAAAAUGGUACGCUUAAAUGUGUGCCGUUACCUCUGCAUGGACGAAGCUGAUCGGAUGAUCGACAUGGGCUUCGAAGAAGAUGUGCGCACCAUCUUCUCCUACUUCGCCGGGCAACGGCAGACGCUGUUAUUCAGCGCCACCAUGCCUAGGAAAAUACAGAACUUCGCCAGAUCAGCGCUAGUGAAACCUGUGACGGUGAACGUGGGUCGCGCCGGUGCGGCCUCUUUGAACGUCCGCCAAGAGUUGGAACCGGUGAAGGCUGAAGCGAGGACGGUGCAUCUGUUGCAAUGCCUCCAGAAAACCCCUCCUCCUGUGCUAGUGUUCGCGGAGAGGAAACAAGACGUGGACGCUAUACACGAGUAUCUGUUGUUAAAAGGUGUUGAAGCGGUCGCUAUCCACGGUGGGAAGGAUCAAGAAGAAAGAUCUCGAGCCGUAGAAGCGUUCAGAAGAGGGGAGAAGGAUGUUUUAGUGGCUACCGACGUGGCGAGUAAAGGUCUGGACUUCGCGAACAUUCAGCACGUGAUCAACUAUGACAUGCCGGAGGACAUCGAGAAUUACGUGCACCGCAUUGGGCGCACUGGGCGCGCGGGUGGCGAAGGCGUGGCCACCACGCUACUGGGCCGCGCUGCCGACGACAGCGUGCUGCGUGACCUGGCGCACCUGCUGCGUGAGGCCGGACAGAAGGUGCCAUCGUUCCUGCUGGAUAUGAUCGGGGAGCCAGAUGUACCAGUGCCGGAUGGCCAGGGCUGUUCCUACUGUGGUGGUCUGGGACACAGAAUUACAGAGUGUCCGAAACUAGAGGCGGUGCAGAACAAGCAGGCGUCCAACAUCGGCAGGAGGGACUACCUCGCCAACACGGCCGCGGACUACUAG